AUGUCCACAACGUUGCUAUCAAUGCUUUGUCCACAAGGAAUGUGCCAGCUUUCUCAUAGUAAAUGCAGCACUGCAGAUCCUCUGCCUAUUCUCCACAAGCAAUACCAGUCAGGGGACAUCCACUUUGCUAGCAUCAUUUCUCAGAUCUUCCUGUUUUAUAUGAUGAUGGACUUCAAGACACCGCCUUCUACGAACCUCUUUGAGGAAACUUUGGUCAUAACGCAGAUUUACCAACAUAUCCUGGCUUUAGUAUUUGCUGUUAAGGAAAUCAAUGUUAAUCCCCAUAUCUUACCUAAUAUUACCCUGGGCUUUCAAAUCUAUAACAGCCAUUUUACUUCAAAAUGGAUGUACCAUGCCUCAAUGGAACUCCUUUCCUCGAAAAGCAGAUUAAUCCCCAAUUACAACUGUGACAUCCAUAAAUAUCCAGUAGCAAUAAUUGGAGGACCUGACACUGACGUAUGUCUUCAUGUGGCCAUCAUUCUACACAUCUACAAAUUUCCUCAGUUUAUGUAUGGCUCUGCUCCAGUGACAAAUAAGGACAAACAGGCUGGUUUUUAUCACCAAAUGUUUCCAAAUAUGGACCUUCAGUAUAAGGGAAUUCUUCAGCUACUGCAGCAUUUUAAAUGGACAUGGAUUGGGGUACUAUCUGUGAAUAAUCACAAUGGGGAGAAGUUUGUACAAAACGUGAUACCAAUAUUUUCCCGAAAUGGGAUUUGCUUUGACUUCAUUGAAAGAUUUCCUGUAAUUUCUUAUUCUACUGAUAUUGUCACAAUGGUGAAGGAAGGGGUGCAAAUGUACAGCGUUGUCAUGAACAGCACCAUCAAUGCAGUUUUAACUCAAGGUGAAAUUGAUAUAAUGAUAAUUUUGAGAAUGUUUCCCACUAUGUCCAAAUUUGAAGAGAUACCAUUACAACUAAAUAGUAAAAUCUGGAUUAUGACAGCUCAAAUGGAUUUCACAUCUCUCCCCUUCCAGAGAUGGGAAGACCUAGAUUUUCUCCAUGGUGCUCUAUCCUUUGCGGUUCAUUCAAGAGAAGUCCUAGGGUUUCGGGAAUUUCUUCGGACAAGAAAACCAAACUCUAAUGAAGAAGAUGACUUUAUUAGGGUUUUCUGGGAAGAGGCAUUUGGAUGUGUGUUCUCAGGCACCUUAGUUGAUGAGAAGACCAACUCUGGGAUAGACAGUCAACCAAUUUGCACUGGGGGUGAGAAGCUGGAGACCCUCCCUGUAUCCAUUUUUGAAAUGGAGAUGACUGGCCACAGCUAUAGCAUCUACAAUGCAGUCUAUAUUUUGGCACAAGCAUUACAUGUUGCUUAUUCAACAACCUUCAAAAACAGAGCAAGAAUAGGCAAAGUUGAACUCCUCAAACUUCAUCCAUGGAAGAUCCGGCCACUUUCUCUGUGUAAUAACUAUUGCCCUGUGGGUUAUGCUAAGACCAAAAUAGAAGGGAAGCCAUUUUGUUGUUACAAUUGUCUUCACUGUCCAGAAGGGAAGAUUUCCAAUCUGAUAGAUAUGGAUGACUGUUUUCCAUGUCCAGAAGAUCAGUAUCCAAACAAGGAACAGAAUUCAUGUCUUCCAAAAACUGUAACAUUCCUGAUGUAUGAGGAAACUUUGGGGUCCAUCUUGGCCAUUUGUUCUCUUUCUUCCUCUUUUAUUGUAUUGUUGGUUCUGGGUAUCUUCAUUAAGUACCAGGAUACGCCCAUCGUCAAGGCCAACAACCAAAACCUUACCUACAUCCUUCUCAUUUCUCUCCUGUUUUCCUUCCUUUGUGCGUUACUAUUUAUUGGCAAACCUCAUAAAGUGACCUGUCUCCUUCGACAAAGUGCUUUUGGUGUCAUUUUUACUGUAGCUGUAUCAUGUGUGUUAGCAAAAACUAUUGUGGUGAUUUUAGCUUUCAUGGCCACCCAACCAAAGUCUACCAUGAGGAAAUGGGUGGGGAAAAGAUUGGCCAUUUCCAUUGUAUUUUUCUGCUCUUUCAUUCAAGUAGUUCUUUGUACUGUCUGGCUGUUGACUUUUCCUCCCUUCCCUGAUUUCAACAUGCACUUAAUGGCAGAAGAAAUUAUUCUGGAAUGUAAUGAAAAUUCCUUUGUCCUGUUCUACUGUGUCUUGGGCUUCAUGUUCCUGUUAGCCCUUAUCAGCUUUACUGUAGCUUUCUUUGCCAGGAAAUUACCAGACUCUUUUAACGAAGCCAAAUUUAUCACCUUCAGCAUGUUGAUUUUCUGCAGUGUUUGGCUCUCCUUUGUUCCUAGUUAUCUGACUAUAGGAGGCAAACGAAUGGUGGCUGUCGAGAUCUUCUCAAUUAUAACAUCCAGUGCAGGGCUUCUUGUAUGCAUCUUCUUCCCUAAAUGCUUUAUCAUCAUACUGAGGCCAGAACUGAAUAGCAAGCAGCAACUGAGACAAAGAAACACCUAA